AUGGCGGCGGAGCACGACGACGCCGUGGCUUCGGUCUGCGGGAAGAAGAAUACGGGCGGGACGGGGUUCCGCGGCGUCUGCCGGAAAGAGCACGGCACGUACUGUGCUCGGAUCUGGGACCCAUGGCGGCGAGCCAUGGCGUACAUCGGCUCCUUCCGCACCGCCGAGGAGGCCGCCCGAGCGUACGGUGCGGCGGCGGACGCCAGGCGGCACCUGCGGCUGCAAGGCGCGGCGGGUGGCAUCACCGACUUCCGGCAGCGCACGGCUGCCACCUCCGACGACGGCGACGCGCCGCUCCCGCGCGUCUCCUGCGUGGACAAGGGCGCCACGCGGAGACUCGGCGGCAAGUACGGCGCGCAGAUCGGGCACUCGAAAGCUCACACGUGGCUCGGCUCCUUCGACACCGCGGAGGACGCGGCCAGAGCAUACGACGCGGCGGCCGUCAGGCUGCACGGCGCGGCUGCCAGAACCAACUUCAAAGCUGAUGGUGGCGUCGGCGUGCACGCCGUCGGACUGGAGAAGGCUGCUCGGUCACGGUUCCGCGGCGUGUGCCAGCACCGGAGCGGCAGGUACAGUGCGCGGAUCUGGGACUCGGUGAAGCGAGCAAGGCUGUGGCUCGGCACCUUCGACAAAGCUGAGGACGCCGCCAGAGCGUUCGACGCGGCGGCCGUCAGGCUGCAUGGCGAGCGGGCUGUCACCAACUUCAAGCAACCACUCGUGGACCUCAACGACUUCCCGGAGCUGCCGGCGCUCGACUUCUCGGACAACAUCAUCCCAGGCGCGCAGCUCCACGAUCUCUGGACCGACUUGCCACAGGCGGAGUUGCAGCCGCUGGACGAGCUCCUCCAGGACAUGAACUUCACCGAUGUGGCGGCCUAA